CCUUGACCUCAUUCCUUUUUUUUUUCUUCGUUCCUUGAUUUUUUUACUCAAGAGCCUUCACACUCUCCUUCAGUCGACUUUAAUCAUAUCUCUUACCCACACUCCUCACUCUCGACUAGCAAAGACCAUACCAGGAUGGACAACCUGGAAGAUUCAGGUGUCCUAAGACAGCUGAUUGACCAAAUCGAGGGAGAGUUAUCCACGUUCGGUGGCGCUGGUAGAGGUUCGGAUCAGACCCUUUCCGACCUUACGUCUAGCCAAGGAUCAUUAGCAUCCUCUGGAUACGAAAGCACCCGUACUGGGUCCUCUCUUUCUGUCUCCUCCAGAGCUACAAUUCAGCAAACCCAACCGCUUCCUCCGCCCCCACAGCCCUUAUUCUCAACAUCAGCAACGUCCGCCAUUUUUGGAACAGCUUUUGUUAGACAAAAUCAACACGAACAACAGCAGCAUGCACCCACACCAUCCUCACUUGUGAUGAAUACUAGCUAUUUUACGGGGCCUCGUGCUCCUCAGUAUAUCCCUUCGCCCUCAUCAUCCCCUGUCUCGCCAAAGUUUUCAGAUACAGAAACAUCAGGAUUAACAACCCCAGACGAAAGCCGUGGUCGGACUAAUGAUGAUCAGGAUCCAGUCGAUCCAAUGGAUAUACAUCCUAGAGCUCAAUCAAAGCCUUCACCUGCGGCUAAUGAAAUCCUACUGCAGCAAGAUCAUCAUGACAUGAGUGAGAAAAAGAAUGCUGCAGGUAUCAUUCCAGAUGUACCUGAGAGUCAUGGUAUUGAUGUACAUUACACUGGUGUUGCUCAAAUUAUGCCCUCCCAAGAGCUCUUGGGAGACCACAUAUAUUAUGACGACACCAUCAAAGUAGACGUCACUGAACUUUAUGAGAACUUUGGACAGAAAAAGCCCAUCUUAGUUGAACGAUGGAACGAAAAGAUUGGAAAUCAGUGGGAAAACGAACAGAGCGAUCCAAAUGAGGAAGAAGAAGAGGAUCAGGAAGGUGUCUUUGAAGGACAAGACGAGAGAAAAGGGAUGACUAUUGCCUUGGAAGACACACACAGUAGCGAAUCCUUACCGAUGAGACUGCCUGAACUAUCCUUCUCUAACAAUGAUCUAAGCUCACUCUGGACGUCAGGACCAGCAUCGCCACAUGAUAAGGAUCUAGCUUCAGAGGAUAUAGGAAAGCGAUCUCGUGCGCAUACAUUCCAUGAUCAUUCAGAAUCACAAGAACCGCAAGUAGUAGGGCCCUCAUCCGAUAACGAACUGGGCUUGUCGAAGAAUCCAGUAGCGUUCCCCCCCAAAAAAUUGUCCCCUCUAUCACAGGAACUGACAGGUGAUGAUAUCGGGAGACUUGAAUCAGCGCAAACCAUCUUAAAAAGCCUAACGAUAGAGAGUGGAGGACCAAAUGUUAAUCAGCCUAACCACAAUAACCAUCCUCGAUCAGACAGGAAGCGCCUAGGCCUUGUUAUCUCCAACACCCAUCAUGAAGACGACUCUGGAAGCCCAGAGGGCCUUGACAUGGAGUCGGAAUCAAAACUACAAAAUAAUGCUUUGGACUUACCAAAAUGGGACCUCGCACCUUUAUCUCCACCAGUUGAAGUCAAGGAGGCUACUACAGCUUCAGCAACAGCAUCGCCACUGAAUAGUCGACGAGGUUCACUAGCUCAGCAGAAUCAACAUCUACAAGACACCUCUGCACUGGAGAACCAACAUGUGAGCGGAAUUAUGUCUCCGUCCUCUGCAACUGUGAUGACGACAACAACUCCUUUGACAGCUCGCGAGGCAAGGAUCUUGGCAGGCCGUGAGGCUCUCCUAAAGAUGUCUCCAGAUCGAUCACGUAUCCAAAGAGCACUUUCAGUAUCUUCAACCGCUUCAUCAUCAACCUCAUCUUCUGUUGGUAGGACAGCCUCAAUAGCUAGCAGAAGCGAUCGUCAGGAUUCUGAAACCUUGGUGGAGAUGCAGGGUUCUCAACGUCGCACUAGCCUCAAGAGUCAAUAUAGCCGGUCUAGCCAACAAACAAAGUCUAGUGGAGGUGCUUUUGGGGUCUUCCCUGAGCGUGGGCAGCUUGAAGACAUCCCCGCAGAGAAACUUAUUUUCCCAGACCAGAGCAUCCGUCCAAUACCUUUGAAGGCAUAUCGAAUUCGCAAGAUGACCAUACCAGAAAGAAUUCAGACAUAUGCUCAAGCGUGCGAAGAAUUUACACGUGCUAGAACUGGCCUGGAUGUCUGGGUACUAAGGUGCAUGAUGCAGGAUCGUCCUGCUUUGAUGAAAGAGCCUCCGGCUAUUGUCAAAGCAGUGGCUAGCGGAACGGGUCGAAUGACACCCACAAGUUUGAACUUCAGCAGUUCCUCGGUUAAUUUAAGUAACAGUAGUCAUGGGCUCAGCGCUAGGAUCAAGAACGCUGGCAAGCGUCUCUCAGUAGACAUGCCUGGUGGUUCUCAUCCGAAUUCCACAGAAAGCACCGGACAAGGAUCAAUAUUCUACAAACAAAAGAUCACCAAAUCAGCUGUUGAGUUGGGUUCCUGGUCCUCCGGGCGAGUUCGCGGGAUCUCAAACAGCGGUUCAAAUACAGCUAUUGUAGGCACUCCUCCCGCUCCUUCUCAAGAAGCGAGUGGUCGUCGCAGCUCGAUCAUAGGACCCAUAACAACACCAUCCCCACAGCAGCAUCAGCAGCACCAACAAAACCAACAGCAGAGCCGCUCGAGUUCGUAUGGUUCGUCGAAUGGAUUAGCAGGCAUAGUUCAGGGAAAGAAGAACAACGUUGCGACGGCCAACAGUCCGCUCUCUGGAUCAAUCAGAAGUCGCAGAAUGUCGGAGGUACAAGCUGGAAGCCAGUUGCAUAUGGCUGGAAGGGAAUCCCCAUCCAAGCAACACCUGCAACAGGCGGAUAUGUCCAACUCUUCGCUUUCCCACCCUGUCCCUGGAGACACUGCACAGGCAUCACCUACGCUCUCAUCUUCUCCAAUCCCAUCCCUAUCCUCCACUAGCCCAGUGGGUAAAGGUCGUCCUCUUCAAAGGAGUCACUCAAGUCAUUACACACGCCGCCCACCAAGUAUGCUAGCUAUUACAGGCCAGAAUCGUCGACCGGAUCUUAUAGGAAGCACAGGAGAUAGUGCAGCGUCAAAUGUCUCCGCAGGACCCCAGUCGUCUUCGUCUUUUGGAUCGGCAUCAUCUCGCUCAGUUACAGAGUCUCUGGACCUCAGGACUUCCGCAACGACAUCCUCAACAACCCUUGGCCUGAAGCAACAGCGAGAUCUCCAAGACAUUGUGGCAUCAGGGAGGGCAGCAUCGAACUCACCUACCAUUACUGAUCAGCCAUCAAGCACUGUCAUUGGAGGCGGAUUAUCAAUCCCAUUUGCCGAUGAGACAAAGAGCAAAGAUGAACUUUAUACUCCAUUAACUUCCCCUAUUAUGAUUCCUGUUGGAGGCUUCCCGGUGUUCAAAACUAGCCAUAAUAAUAGUGGCCACCGUAGUAGUGGUGGAUGGGCAAGCCCCCCUUCCGUAGGUGGCGGCUCAUCUCGACCUUUGACUUAUGCAGGCCCUUCUACGCCAACUUUGGGCUCCGCUUCGUCUUUGCUCAUGUCACCCAAUUCAGUAUCGAGAGAUCAUGUGCCAGUUUCAAGUCAGCCGCAGCAGCCACAAGGAGCUGGAUCGCCUGCUAAUGAGCGAAACAGCACGCUAGUACCAAUGAAAGACAAGGCGGAAAAGAGCAAUCGAUAUUCAGCAUCGUCAUUUUCAUCUAUUGGUUCUUUUGCAAAGUAUCAAAAGAAGUCGAGUAAAAAAGACCGUAAGAAGGAGGGCUUGGAACAGGAUCAUAAUCAACAACAACAACAACAACCACUUGACCAGCGCUAUUCUGUCUCUGCCGCAUCAGUCAACCCUGUUUCAGCUAGCGUGAGUGAUUACUGGACGGAGAAGAGCCUUGAUAAGCUGAGUGAUGUAGUUCCUCAUGUUGAUCGAGACCGGCUAUCGAUUUAUCUACAAAGGGCUCAAGGUGAUGAGAUGGUAGCGAUUGGAUUGGCAAUGAGCGACCUCAGAUCUGGGCUGCUUUGAGAGGACACUAUUAUGCCUCUCAUUCUGAGCUUGAAGGGAGGCAUUCCUUUCGAAACCAUACUCGGAUCAAACGAAAACGAU